AUGCCGCAAUCGGUGCUGGUGGAGCGCGCGACGAGCGAGUCGCUCAUCGGCCCCGACUGGUCUCUCAACCUUGAGAUCUGCGACAUCCUCAACCACGACCCCUCGCAAGCCAAAGAUGCAGUGAAGACUAUCAAGAAACGGAUUGGGCACAAGAACUCAAAGGUCCAGCUUCUUGCAUUAACGUUGCUGGAGACCUUGAUUAAAAAUUGUGGUGAUUUUGUUCAUAUGCAAGUUGCUGAGAAGGAUAUACUUCAUGAAAUGGUGAAGAUAGCUAAGAAGAAGCCUGACUAUCACGUCAAGGAGAAGAUACUAAUUCUGAUAGACACUUGGCAAGAAGCUUUUGGUGGUGCCCGUGCAAGAUAUCCCCAGUAUUACGCAGCAUAUCAAGAGAUGCUGCGUGCUGGAGCUGUAUUUCCUCAAAGGCCGGAGAGUACCGUGCCAAUCUAUACUCCUCCACAGACACAGCCUCUAAGGAACUAUCCGCCUCCUGCAUUGCGUAACACUGAUUAUCGACAAGAUGUGCCUGAAUCCUCUUCUGCACCUGAAGUGCCUGCAUUAAGCCUGACAGAAAUUCAGAAUGCACGUGGGGUCAUGGAUGUUCUUGCAGAGAUGUUAAAUGCUAUUGAUCCUGGUAACAGAGAGGGUCUAAGGCAGGAGGUCAUUGUGGACCUUGUGGACCAAUGCCGUUCAUACAAGCAAAGAGUGGUGCAACUUGUCAACUCAACGUCGGACGAGGACCUAUUAAGUCAGGGCCUUUCAUUGAAUGAUGAUUUACAGCGUGUUUUAGCAAAACAUGAUGCAAUUGCUGCUGGCAUAGCCGUUCGAGUAGAAAAACCGAAAUCAGUCCCGUCCCGUGCAGACAGUUCUCCAACGAAGCCCGAGCCAACAAAGGAGGCAGACCAAAGGUCUGCUAAAGUUGCCAGUAGUGUGACUCCAUUUGAGCAGUUAGCACUUCCUGCACCACCAUCAUCAAGUGCUUCAAAGUCUCAUGGAGAAUCAGCUGUUACCCCAAAUAUUGACUUACUUAGUGGUGAUGAGUUCUUCAAACCAGAACCUGUUCAUUCCCAAGCUCUUGUUCCUUUAGUGACUCAGCCUGCAGCUUCAGCUUCUUCAAGCCCCAGUACUUUAGACCUUUUAGACAUGUUUUCAGAUAGCAAUGCUAUCAAUAACACCAGCCAGAACCCUACCAUACCUUCUAUAUCUAACACAAAUCCUAAUCCAUCAGUACAGGCCUAUCCUGCUCCACAGCAACCUGUUCCACCACACCAUCCUUCACCAUAUGCUAAUGGCUUAAAUUCAGAUACAAUGACACCCUAUGAUCAAGGCUCUAACUUAGCCUCAGCAAGUUCAUGGAAUGGGCAGUUUGCCCAUGGAAUGAUUCCACCACAGCAGGCACCGAAUUAUGGUCAAGAUGAACAAAGCAACGACCUUCCACCACCACCCUGGGAAGCUCUGCCUGCAGAAACUGAGCAAUUAGAAGCUGAUCAUCCUGGUGGGUUGUCAGCUCUGCCACAAUUUGGAGUUAGUCAACCCCAGCCAGUCCAAAUUACACAUCCUGGGCAGCAAGUGUUACCAUCGCAUCUAAUGCCAACUGGACAACCAGGAGGGCAGUUCCAGCCCGGACUAGCUCAACAACCAUAUGCUACACAAAAUACACAGUAUGGAGGAAUGCAUCCGCCAAUGCAAGGCAACCAACCAGUAGGCAUUUUUCCCCAGCAAAUGGCUGGAGAUGUCUACCAGCAACAGAUGUUUAGUGGCCAGAUGACAGGCUAUGGCUAUGGUCAGCAGCCUGGAGGCUACUAUGUUCCUAAUGCUGCAUAUGCAUAUGCCAGUGCAAAUGAUCUUUCUCAGAGGAUGAAUGGCCUCUCGACGCAAGACAACAGUCUGUAUGGCACACCCGCCUCGUCUUCCCUCCAGCAGCGUAACUGGCCAAGCAGACCUGAAGAUUCGCUCUUUAGUGAUCUUGUUAGCCUUGCCAAAACAAAGCCUAGUAAAACUGCGUCCAACAAGGCUGGUAACUUGUAA